AUGUCUGAAGAAUAUAAAUUAGAAGAAUCAAAUGGCAUUGGCGAAUGGAAAAAGUUAUAUGAAAAAGUGCUAGGGUUUUUUAAAAUAGAGUUUAAGACAGAAUCGUUGCGGACGCCUGUACAAAUUUUAGAAAGCGAUCUGGUUGUUGACCUUAAAAAACUUGAGACACUUGAUAAAUAUUUUGAGAAUAAAGACACUAAAAAACCCGAGACGCUUGAUGAAUAUUUGAAGAGUGAAGCCAGUAAAACAAAAGCUCGAAUCAUACGUAUUUACGGCGACGUAGUUCAGCUUUCGGAUGACCUAAAACUUCCGACUUUGGAAAAUGGUAGCGUCAUAUUGAUAGCUGCAAGGAGAAUCGAAAUCAAACCAGGAUGCAAAAUUAUUAUUGACUGCAAAGAAAAUAAGACCUUUCGAUUGGUGGCAUAUGCUAUGGAAAUGCCAUCGAAGUUUGAUAUCGUUACAAGUGAUGAUCGUCAAUUCGAAUUUAAAAUUCGCGAAGAAUACAAAGGUCGAUUGCUUUCCCUACCUAUCGGCGAGUUCAUAGAUAUCCCUACAUUUGAUAGUAUAAUUCUUGAAAAAGAACCUUUCGUCAAAAUACUGAGAUAUUCGCUGCAAAUUGCCAGUGCAUUAUUUUAUGACGACCGUAAUGUUACAAAAUCAAUUCUCACUUGGAUAGUUGAAAUAACCAAAUCGGAAAUUGGAGAGAUGAAAGAGGAGACAAAAGAGACAGAUGAUGAAUCGGAGUCGCAUAAGAAAGUAAGAGAGAUGUAUAAUCAGGCACAUCUAUUACUUAAGCAGCUAAAUAUUCUAGAGGAAAGAGAAAAAAACAAAAUACUAUUCGUUCCAUUACUUAACGUGGACUUCUACAAAAAUUAUGUUAAUGAGUUCGAAGUAGUUGCGGAAUCAUACGGAAAAGAAUAUUACCGAAUUAUGGGCAAUAAACAUGAAAAUUUAGAAAAACAAGCAGAGUUCACUAGAUUACUUGAAGAUUGUUGUAAAAUGACCGAUAUGUACAGACGUUUAAAAGAUAGAGCAGAUGACCGUUAUAAAAAAGCACAUGUUAUAAUGGAAACAAUGAAAAAAAAGUUAAUGGAUAAAAAAGAUGCAGUAUUAAAGGCAUCAGACGAAUUCCGCAUAGGAAUCGAAGAGUGGAAGGAGAAUAAAGAACUUGAAGCACGCACAAAAAUGGUCAUUGCCGUCUUUGAAUUGGCUAUAAGCGUUGGCAAAGUUGUCAUUCAACCUGGUGGCAUCGCUGCUUUUGUCGAAAAUAUUGAAAAGACAUGCAAAUCAAUACAAGAAGCUUUGAUUGCUGCCGAUAAUAUGGAAAAGCUAAUUAAAACUCUAGGCGAUAUAAAAGAUGAUGAAAAUGUCAAAAAUGUUGUGGAUGUGGGAAAUAAAGCCAAUGAAAUAAAUGUUAUUAAAAACCAAUUGGAAAAAAAUUAUGAAGAUUACAAAUCUCUGAAUGAUAAGGAUGAAGAGAGACGCAAAAAAAUCGAAUCUUUAGACGCUGAUGAGUUUGCAGAACGCCUCAAGGAUAUGGAUCAAAGGGGAAUUUUGACAAAAGUCGAAUGGAGAUUAAUAAAGAAAAGCGUGGAGGAUUUGCUUAAAUACCCGAUCGAACAAAAAAUUAAAGGAGCAAAUGAAUAUUUAAAUAGAUUAGACGAACUUUUUAUUUUUAUCGAAUCAUUUAUUAAAGCUAAUAUCGAAGAGCGCGAAAGUGAUAACGAGAAAUUCAAAAUCGAAUUACAAGUACAAACAUCUGAAAGUCAAGAAAAGGGACUUCAGAACGCGAUUAAUAGACGUGAAUUAAAAGAAGAUGAUUACGAAAAUAUUGGGCUAUUUUUAUUUGAAAAGCUUAUCAAUAUCAAGUGUUGGAUGAUGGCAUAUUUGGAAAAAUAUCGUUGUGCAUAUCACUAUUGGUCGCUUUCUGAGUCCAAAAUUACGCUUUCAGUUAUGAAAACUAUUUCCGAACACAAGAAGGAUCAAUUAGAUAUUUAUAAAGACCUAGAAGAUACCUACAGCAAAUAUCGAAAUCCUAUACAAUCUUCAAAGCAUCCGUUUAUCCUUCCUAAAGAGCUUGUCGAGAAAUUUAAAGUUAAUAAAUCUGUUACAUACGAGAUUCCAUUAGAUCACGAGGAAUUUAAGAACAGUGAACGUGUUAGACUUCACACAUUUAGGGUAUUCUUGAGAGGGAUUGGAAAUGAAAAUGGGAAUGAUAAAAUUAGUUUCUGGAUCAGCAACACAGACAUUUUUUACGACAAGGAUUAUGAAGGCAACAAAUAUGUAUUUGAAGCAGAGAAUACAGGAAAACUGAGGUUUAGAUAUAAAAUAAACGAAGAAGACAAACCAUUGACAGAUGCAGUAUUCGAUGAAUCAGUUUAUUUUGCUCCGACGCCAUUUAGUCAUUGGACAAUUGAACUCGGCGAUGAUAAGUGUGAUUUGUCUGAAUUAAAGUCGAUCGAAAUUGAACUAGAAGUCAAGUGCCAUUUCUUUAAAUUUUAA